AUGGCUUCGCAAUCAUUUGACGCCUCAGCUUUGGCGGAAACACUGGAGAACCUAGUUCAUGAUAUUGACAAGAAGCCUUUUUCGUUGAAGGAUGAAGAUCGUUACAAGUUGUCCGAAGCAGCUAGAAAGCUGAGCUGGACACUCGAAGCACCAGGAGAUACUCCUCUACAGCUUCCCCUAGCUACUAUCGGCGUUGAGACACGGAUCUUUGAGAUUUUGUCGGAGAUUGGUGGAACUGCUACUAAUGCGGAGUUGGCGAAAAAGGCCAAUGUUGACCCUGCUAUGCUGAAACGACUUUUGCGGUAUUACCAGUCUUUUGGGUUUAUUUCCCAGCCAAGCAACGAUGCGUAUAGUGCCAACAAUGUCACAAAAGCCAUGGCAUCUCCAGGAGCACGUGUAGCAUGUCCCGUCCACUUGGAAAAAUUCGUUCCCAUAUACAACGCUAUCCCAGAGUUCCUCCGCGAGGCCGAAUACUCCAACAGUGCGGACAUAAACAACUGUCCCUUGAAUCUUGUACAUUCUAAAGAUGGAACGUUCUGGUCGUGGCUUGGGAAGGACCUUCCGCAGAGGGAGCGAUUCACUACAUGGACACAAUGCUUCCGAUAUGGUCUUCCUACUAUUUUUGACGCCUUUGAUAUCAAGGACGAGAUUGGUCAAAACUCGACAGAUUCAACAAUCCUAUUCGUCGACGUUGCCGGAGCUUCAGGACAUCAGUGUGUUGCAUUCAAGCAAAGGUAUCCGGAGCUACCUGGUCGAAUUAUCCUUCAAGACAGGCCGGAAGUCAUCCAACAGGUCAAAUCAAGCCCACUUCCUGGGUUUGAGAGAAUCGAAGCACAGCCUCAUGACAUAUUCAAGCCGCAACCUAUCAUAGGUGCUCGGGCGUACUACUUGCGUGCCAUCCUUCAUAAUUGGCCUGACGAUAAAUGUAUCGAGAUCCUACAGAACAUCAAAGCUGGUAUGACGGAGGAGUCCAAGAUCUUGAUCGAUGAUAUGGUGCUUCCGGAACGUGGGGCGCAUUGGAGAGCUACUCAGUUCGACUUUAUAAUGUACUCUUAUUUUGGAGCGAUGGAAAGAUCGCGUGCUCAGUGGGAGGUGCUCCUUGACAAAGCUGGACUGCAAAUCCUCAAAGCAUCGGAGUACACUAAGCAGCUUAAUGAGGCGCUAAUUGUGGCUGUCCCUAAGUAGCAGGAGAAGUCGUUGCAUCUUAUAUAUUGGCUUUAGCAUCGUUGUGCGCCUGACCUGAGAGGUUACCAAGUCUACUGUUGAUAGGAAGCAGCUAACAUUUCGUACUACUUUGUUUGAUUACCUACAUCGUAGCCAAAUUUUUUUUUUUUUUUUUGGUUUUUUUUUUGGUGGUAUGAUGAUAAUAUCAUUCUC